CUGUGUCGCUAGCGUUACCCUCGGCCGUUCGGCUUCCCCUACGAUCGUGAAGAAUUGAAGAUGCCGUCACACAAGACCUUCAGGAUCAAGAAGAAGCUGGCCAAGAAGAUGAGGCAGAACAGGCCUAUUCCUCACUGGAUCCGUAUGAGGACUGACAACACCAUUAGGUACAAUGCGAAACGCAGGCACUGGCGGCGUACGAAGCUAGGGUUUUAAGGUCGAAGAAUCUGCUUGUUCAUGUUCUAAUCAAGCGUUUUGUUUAAUUGUGAGAGUCACUUUGUUGUUUAAUCAGUUGGGAACUCAACCGAGUCCUUUAGCAGAGAUUUUGAUGAGACUGAUGUUUAUCUCAUAGUUUAUAUCAUAUUUUAAGUGAUGGUUUGAUCUUAAA